UACAACAGUAAAACCUUGGCUGGUUGUCAUGGCGUCUCUUUACAUUCAGACAACCAAUGAAGUCGAGUUUCAAAGAGAGUGGAUCUACAGUGUCGAAAAUUCAAGUCACGCACAUUGCCACCUAACUUUUUUUCUUUUUUGGUUUGUACUUACUCCAGAUUGAACGGGCCAUGUAAGAGAACUCUCGAUUUAUUUCAAGAUAAUUUCGUCGUGGAGAGCAUAUCGUCCUUCUUUUCACACAAGCACAAUAUGGAGGAAGAUAGAAGACAAACAGACCUGGGCACAGCAGCCGAUAUCGAAGAAGCUCAGCUCGCUCAGACGAGUCAAUCCCCCGCCUUCCAAAAUGAGCCAGAGACAGCAGCACCACUGAAGCAACCAAAGAAGAGAUUCAUAGGACGAAGAGCAGCAGUUGAGGCCGCGGCAGUGCUCGGAGCAUCAGGGGAGAGCGGUGCUGUUCAGACUGCCAAACCUCGGAGGGCUCCCAGACUUCUAAAUCAAGUUCCUAAGGACAUUCUUGAGAACGCUGAUCUGAAGGCUGCCAUUGCGUUAUUGCCUGCUAACUACAACUUUGAGAUCCCCAAGACGAUCCACCGCAUUCAAACUUCAAACGCCAAGAGAGUUGCGUUACAGAUGCCCGAGGGCCUUUUACUCUUUGCCACUACUAUAUCAGAUAUCUUGACGCAGUUCUGCCCUGGUGUCGAGACACUCAUCAUGGGCGAUGUGACUUAUGGCGCUUGUUGUAUCGAUGAUUACACAGCAAGGGCCCUUGGUUGUGACCUGCUGGUGCACUAUGCUCACAGUUGCCUCAUCCCCGUCGACGUGACCACGAUCAAAACUCUAUACGUCUUUGUCGACAUCAGCAUUGAUGCGACACAUCUCCUAGCAUCCCUUGAGCGCAACUUUGCCAGUGGCAAAACCAUAGCUGUUGUCGGCACUAUUCAGUUUAACGCUACUAUCCAUGGCGUCAAAAGCAGUCUCGAGCGCGGUGGCUUCCGUGUUCUCGUUCCCCAGAUUGCACCAUUGAGUAAGGGUGAAAUCCUGGGCUGCACUUCUCCUCGUCUGAAAGACAACGACAAUAUCGAUCUGAUCCUGUACCUGGGUGAUGGUCGUUUCCAUCUUGAGAGUAUCAUGAUUCACAACCCUUCUAUUCCAGCCUACCGAUACGACCCUUACUCUCGAAAGCUCACGCGGGAGGCGUACGGCCAUGAGGAAAUGCAGUCUCUCCGUCGUACAGCCAUCCAUAGCGCUCGUACAGCACGCAAAUGGGGCCUGAUUCUCGGCGCCCUUGGCCGCCAGGGCAACCCGCAUACAUUGGGCCUCAUCGAGAAAGAGCUCAAGGCGCGAGGCAUUCCUAUCGUGCACUUGCUACUAAGUGAGAUCUUUCCGGGAAAAUUGGCGCUCAUGUCGGAUGUCGAGUGCUGGGUGCAGGUUGCUUGCCCUCGAUUGAGUAUUGAUUGGGGUUAUGCAUUCCCGCGGCCAUUGUUAACGCCGUAUGAGGCACUUGUUGCAUUGGGCGAGCGACAAGAUUGGGGUGAAGGUGUCUAUCCCAUGGACUACUACGGAAAGGACGGGCUAGGAAGGACAAGGCCUUUGCAGAUUGCCUCAGGAUAGAAGCAAUGAUGAUACUGAACGGUUGAGAUCCAACAAGUGCGAUAGGACCUUGGCUGGAUAUACAGUAGGGUGAUGAAGAAUAAAGUUGAAUAUCGAUAAAAAGAAGUGGACGGAUGGGUGAGCCUUUCACUCGGAUUAAGAGGAUAUGGGAGAUUUGAGUGUUGACUUGGAAUAAGGUGCGGAAGUCUCGCUCAGCAUUCGUAAUACGAUAUAGCCUUUUUCGUUGACCGCGUAGUUGUAAAAAAAAAAAAAAAAAAAAAAAGGUCAUCAGGUCGCAUUGGCUGUUCC